AUGUUUUUUUUUUUCACUAGUGUAAGCACUUUGCACAUGUCGAGCUGCCGAGCCACUUUCUUUUCUAGAACUUUAUUUAUCCGAUUUCUGUUCGUCUCUUGUUGCUAUUUGAAGUUUCUUUUUUUUUUUUUUUGUUUGUUUGGGUAUUUUCGGGUAUUUUCCGGAACACAUGGAGUCAAAUACGUGGGCUUGACUUGAAGGAGACACGCUCGUGUCCACUAGCUUACCGUCUGCUAACGAGCUAAGCUGAAAAUAAUCGGUUGACGGGGAGGGAUGAAAAACGGUUGGCGCGGCGGCCGUUUCAGUUAGCCGUUUGGUUUCGCCUUACGUUAGCCGAGUCGGGUGUGUGUUUCUCCACGGCCUGCGGGAAUGCCAGGCGACACGGACAGCGGGGCUCGGCUCCUCCAGUUCAAAAACAAAGGGAAAGACGUGAACGAGUUGAGGCGGAGGAGGGCAGAGUUCAGCGUAGAGCUCCGGAAGGCGAAGAAGGAACACCAGAUCCUGAAGAGGAGACUCGUGCAAAGCUCCGCGGAUGAGCCGAGCUCCCCUCUGCAGGAGAAAGACCUGAACGCGCAGCCUCCUCAGCACUGGUCUUUGCAGGAGAUAAUAGGAGGAGUAAGCAGCCCUAAUGCAGAACAUCAGCUGCUGGCCACGCAGGCAGCCAGAAAGCUCCUCUCCAAAGAAAAGCACCCGCCUGUUGACGACAUCAUCGCUGCAGGCCUCAUCCCCAGGUUUGUGGGCUUCCUGGCUCAGUUUGACUUCCCCCACAUCCAGUUCGAGGCGGCCUGGGCCCUGACUAACGUCGCCUCGGGGACCACGGAGCAGACGGCUGCCGUGGUGGAGGCGGAGGCCGUCCCGGCCUUCAUCAAGCUGAUCGCCUCUCCUCACAAGCACAUCAGCGAACAGGCCGUCUGGGCUCUGGGCAACAUCGCAGGCGACGGACCCAACGGCAGAGACUUGGUAAUCAAACAUGGCGUCCUGGAGCCCCUCCUGGCCCUGGUCAUGUCCUCCGACCUGUCUGCGUUACCCCCCGCCUACCUGCUCAACGUGGCCUGGACGUUCUCCAACCUGUGCCGGCACAAGAAUCCCGCCCCGCCGCUGGAGGCCGUGCAGCAGAUGCUUCCUGCUCUGAUGAAGCUGCUCCACCACGACAACAGCGAGGUGCUGGCCGACACCUGCUGGGCCCUGUCGUACCUCACCGACGGCUCCAACGAGAGGAUAGAGGUGGUGGUGAAGGCCGGACUCGUCCCCCGCCUCGUGCAACUCCUCGCCUGCGGGGAGCUCUCCGUUGUGACUCCAGCCCUGAGAUCCGUUGGCAACAUUGUGACUGGAACCGAUGAGCAGACCCAGUGUGUGCUGAACGCAGGUGCCCUGGAGACGUUCCCGGUCCUGCUGAGACACCCCAAGCACAACGUGCAGAAGGAGGCGGCCUGGACGGUGUCCAACAUCACCGCCGGCAAGAGCAGCCAGAUCCAGGAAGUUAUUAAUGCGGGCCUGGUACCGAUCCUGGUGGAGGUCCUUCAGCAGGGAGAUUACAAGACGCAGAACGAGGCGGUGUGGGCCGUCACCAAUUACACCAGCGGGGGGACGGUGGGCCAGGUGGCCUACCUGGUUCACUGCAACGUGCUGGAGCCUCUGCUCAACCUGUUGACCGCCAAGGACAGCAAGAUCGUCCUGGUCAUCCUGGAAGCCGUCUCCAACGUCUUGCAGAUGGCCCAGAACACUGGUGAGGUGGAGAAGCUGUGCCUGGUGAUCGAAGAGCUGGGCGGCGUGGACAAGAUCGAAGCGCUGCAGACUCACGACAACGAAGCCGUCUACAAGUCCGCCCUGAGCAUCAUCGACAGGUUCUUCUCUGAAGAGGAUGCAGACCAGUCUCCGGUUCCAGACGCCAGCGCUGACUGCUAUUCCUUCAUCAUCCCUGAGGACCAAAGCACUUUCCAGUUUUAACUUGUUCACUACGGUUUCUGACAUUAAACAAAAGGAAAAUCCAUAACUUGACAUUUUUAGACUAAUAUUGUUUGGGGAAAAAACAAAUAGUCGUAAAUACAUUUUUAUGCAUUUUAAUGUUUUAUUUUUUUUCUAUGUCUUUGUUGUUCUUCUCGAGCCUGCAUGGAUAAGUGGGUAUACUCGAUGAAUGCAUUGUUGUUUCUGACACACACACGUUAUAAAGAGGAAAAGGUUUUAUUUGGUGAAAACACUGUGGCCGUAUCACCAUUAGGUGACACUGUGCUCAUUGUUGUGCAUUUUAUAACAUUUGAAAAAUAAAUGUGUUUAGUGCCUUUU